AAUAUGUAAAGCGUCCUCCAUGUAUGCAACAUCGUCCUCUGACCAUCUGCAUGUAUGGAACCAUGCUGGUGUUAAUUCAAUCCUUCUGUUUCUAUUCAGGUGCACUGUUGACUUGGUGAUUUACUUGGGCUGCUCAUUUCGCACUCAACAAGAUAUGAAAUUCCUUCUGAAUUUGCCUUCCGUGGUUUGCACAAUCCUUCUUUUGAUGAGUUACGCGAUUUUCCUGUACCAACAAAUACAAUCGACGUAUCGUGGCAAUAAUGCACAUCCAACAUGCAGAGAGAUCUUCUUGGCCAAUGGGGAGAAAGAUGAGGCAGUAGCGGAGGACAUCGAUUGGGACCAUGUCUCGCUGCUUCUAGCAAACAAAGCUCAUAGAAGAAGGAGUCCAAGUACAACACGAACCUUGGUAUGUCACUGUGAGACGAAAACUUUACGAAACUCGUUCAGGUAAAGUAUAAUUUUGUCACAUAGAUAAU